GCCGUGAGGGGCGGGGGAGCCGUGCCGCCGCCACCGCCUCCUGCUCUCCCUCUUCUUCCUCCCGCAGCCACCCCUGCCCGUCGAGGCAGCGCUCCCAGGCUUCUCCGGGGCGCUCGGCAUGAGGAGGAUCAGGGCUAAUGCCAUCGCCAUCCUGACUGUCGCCUGGAUCUUGGGCACUUUCUACUACUUAUGGCAGGACAACAAGCCCCGCUCGGCGGCUGCCGGCAGGUCCGCCGGAGGCGGUAGCGGCGGCGCCCGGAGCGGGCAGAGGGCGGCCGGCAGGCUGGAGCUGCGCCGGGAGGAGAGGACCAUCCCCCUCAUCAUGACGAGGGCUCCCCCGGGAGAGAAGAGCAGCCGGCGGGGUUUUGACGAGAAGGCUUACUUGUCCUCCAAGGUGCUGAAGGCUGGAGAGGACCCCUACCGGCAGCACGCUUUUAACCAGCUGGAGAGUGACAAACUCAGCAGCGACCGGCCCAUCCGGGACACCAGGCACUACAGGUGCACUUCUGUACGCUAUGACACUGACUUGCCAGCCACCAGUGUCAUCAUCACCUUCCACAACGAGGCGCGAUCCACGCUGCUCCGCACGGUGAAGAGUGUUCUGAACCGCACCCCUCCCAGUCUCAUCCAGGAGAUCAUUUUGGUAGAUGACUUCAGCUCAGAUCCUGAGGAUUGCCAGCUCCUUACCAAGAUCCCAAAGGUCAAGUGUCUACGAAACACCCAUCGAGAAGGGCUGAUUCGCUCUCGGGUGCGAGGAGCUGAAGUGGCGGCUGCUGACAUCCUCACCUUCUUGGACAGUCACUGUGAAGUCAACAGCGAGUGGCUGCAGCCAAUGCUUCAGAGAGUGAAAGAGGAUUAUACCCGAGUGGUGAGUCCAAUCAUUGAUGUUAUCAGCCUGGAUAAUUUUGCCUACUUGGCAGCAUCAGCAGAUUUGAGGGGAGGGUUUGACUGGAGCCUCCACUUUAAGUGGGAACAGAUUCCUAUAGAGCAGAAGAUGUCCAGAACAGACCCAACUCAGUCUAUAAGAACCCCUGUCAUAGCAGGAGGCAUCUUUGUGAUUGACAAGUCCUGGUUUAACCACCUGGGAAAAUAUGAUACUCAAAUGGACAUCUGGGGAGGAGAAAAUUUUGAGCUCUCUUUCCGAGUGUGGAUGUGUGGUGGCAGCUUGGAGAUUGUUCCCUGCAGUCGAGUGGGACACGUGUUCAGGAAGCGCCAUCCCUAUGACUUCCCUGAGGGCAACGCGCUGACUUACAUCAAGAACACCAAGCGCACAGCGGAGGUGUGGAUGGAUGAGUACAAGCAGUACUACUACGAGGCCCGGCCCUCGGCUAUCGGCAAGGCCUUUGGAAGCGUUGCAGACCGAGUGGAGUUGCGACACAAACUGAACUGUAAAUCCUUCCAGUGGUAUCUGGAGAACGUCUACCCUGAGCUCAAGAUUCCUGAAAAAGAGUUGAUUCCAGGAAUAAUUAGACAAGGAGGAAACUGUCUGGAGUCUCAGGCACAGGAUACCACAGGGACUGUGUUGGCUGGCAUGGGAAACUGUAAAGGGUCAGUGAACAAUCCACCUGUCUCUCAGGAGUGGAUAUUCAGUGACCCUUUAAUUAGACAGCAGGACAAGUGUCUUUCCAUUGCCUCCUUCUCUACUGGUUCUCAAAUCACACUGGAAGCUUGCAGUCAAAAAGACGGCAGACAGAAGUGGAAGAUGAAAGGCAGUUUCAUUCAACACUUUGUCAGCGGUCUCUGCCUGGAAAACCAGACUGGAAGAGUGGUGACCAGCCCCUGCCAAGCAGGUGUACCUGGCCAACAGUGGGAGCUGCUACAAGCAACAUGAUGGUAGCACAGAGAUCUCCUUGUUUCAUUGUGCAUGAGACUUUGGGAGCAGAGGGGAUCAGGGAGGCAGGAAUGGUUUUGUAUGUCUGACCCUAAAUGUUUUCAUUGUGCUCAUCAGUAAGCCACCACUUCAGCUGAGCACUUGAUGGUUUUGAGAUUUUCAGAGAAGAAGCUGGGGGUGAGAGCAAUCAGGACAGUUGUCAAAAUCUUCCCAUCUUUUGUCUUAAGUUCUCCUUUGUAGCUGAUGCCUGUGCGCAGCUGCACCUAGAGAUGGAGGAGGACCCAGCCCAAUACUUGCAGCUCUCCCCAUCCUUUCCUUUCUCUGCAUCCAGAGUCCACAACCUUCAGUCCAGCAGCUUAGGCUAUGCUUGUACAAACACUGGUAGCUCUUUGGCUUCCCUGGCUUUUUGCUCUAAUGUCAUGCACCUAUAUGUCUCUCAGUGAGGACUGUCCAGAAGAGUCAUCAUGAUCAGUGGAGAGGCUGGGAAGGAGCUAGCAGAUCCUGGGGGCAGGUUUGUCACCUCUUUUUGGUGGGCCCAUUCCUUCCUCUGCUGAGGCUGGGCAGUGCUGACAAGAGAGAUUGAAAAGGGACACUGUUUUACCAGCCUAACCAGGGAUUGUUUCAGGGACUAUUCCCUGUUGAAGUCUUCCUUCCAGCUUUUUUAUGUGUGGAAGGCCAGCCCUGCCUCCAAGAGUGGCCCAAUCCUACAGGUUCAGGGUACCAUGUUCUGGUGGAGCCAGAGACAGGGGCCAGCCCCUGGGGAUGUUAGGGGAGCUGGGGCUGUUCUCUGGCUGCUCUUCCUGGUGCUGCCAGCCACUGCCCAAAGGUGGUGGGCAGCACACGCAGACAGAGGUGCUGCACAUGGCUCAGGCUGUGGCAGGAGCCCACCCAGAUCCCCACUGUGAGAGACAGAAGGGGCCAUAGCAGACUUCUUGCUGCUGGCUGGGCAGGGCCACACUUCUCAUGCUUGUCUCCCCAGCUCUGCACAGCCCCUGUGAACAGAGCCUGGCGUGACAAACCACCCACUCCCUUGUCUAGUUGCUUUUCCUUCUCUCUUUGAGAAAGACAAAACCCCAAAAGGCUUGGGGCUGCUCUACUUUUGACACCCCCCUCUCUUCCUGAUGAGCACCCUGGGGAGAGGUUAGCUGGUGAAGCUGAAACUGCCCCCUGCACAAAUGCUGCCACAGUGUAGGGCUGCCCUGAGAGAGGCUCCUUUGUGUUCUGGAAAUACCAAAGGCACUGGUGGUCUCUAGCUAGCAUCCCAAAUCCUGCUCCCAGUUACCAAUCAGCUCUAGCCACAUGUGGGUUUUCAAACCUGCCAAGGGAUGCUCACCUAUUCAAAUAAAGUCCCCACAACUUUACUUUCUCCUAACUACAUCUGUUAAAGUUUCCUCUUGAGACUGAUUUUGUAAAUCAACCCUCCUUUCCAAGAACCUGACAGGGGAACCAGAUGGUGGGACCAUCUUCAUUAGGCAGUUGCUUGCCUGGAUCCUUUCUGAUCUGUGUAGAAGAAACAGGUUGUUCAUUUGGAUUCUGAAUAGCUGUUUACUUUUGAUCAUGUUUGUAUCUGUUUUUAAUUCUUUCUCUUAGCUUGGUUUCUUUCUCUUAGCUUGGUAUUAGCCCAAACAUUUGACAAAAGAACAGAUAAUGUUCUUCGUAUAUUGCAUGUGCUUAGUGUGAAAACUGGACAAUGUUUUUUUGUUCUUGGUUUAAAAAAAUUAAAUCCGUCGUGUGGCAGGAGCUCUUAUCCUGUCUCCCCCUUCACUUUGAUAUCAGAUCCCCAUCUCAGCCCUGAUUAGCCAGAAGAAUGACCUGCCUGCACUGUGAAAACUCACAAGGGAGUUCCUUUUGAUCCUUACAGAAUGGUGCAGCUGCUCUUCUCUGUGGAAAUGAGGGCACUGACUGCAGUGAUUUCUCUUUCCUAUAUAGAGAUGCUUUGGGCCAGAACCACUGAGGUUAGGAGAGGGCAGAGAAGGAAGGAAAAUAGCUGAGGAAUGGAAUGAGAGCGGGCCAGACAGACCCAUUGAGGGCAGAGAUGCCACCCUAUUAGCUACUGCAUUUUUAACAAGAAUCUUCAGGAGAUGGUCCUUUCAGAAUAGCAUCAUUAUGCUGUAGGAGAUAGGAACAGUCAAGUUUUUACCUGCCUGACUUGAAAAAUAUUUAUGCAAAGACAGAUGAAGGGCCACUGAGCAGGUACUGUUUGUAAGCUCUGUAUACAAUGAAGUGUGAAAGCAUUACAUGUUUUCAUCAAAGCACAGCCCAAGUGGGCCAUCUGACCUCCCCCCAUUUCACUCUCUGGCAGCUUCUGUGCUGCAGCUAACAGCAUGUUCACUCCUCUACCAGGUACUGCCUCCUUGCUCCCUGCUCCCACUGUGUGUGUGCAGCUUUCUUGCAGUUCCUCCUUCAUAACCACUCUGGGACCAGGACCCAGCUCCUCUACAAACAAUGCUCCUGACUGCUGCAGACCACAGAAGCUCUGCUUAUUUACAGUCCCCAAGCUCUGGGCCAGCCCUAAUGCCAAGGGCUCUUGCCAGCACAGUGGCUGCUGCCCUUGGCUGUGUGUUUGGCCCCCGUGCUGGAGGUUGCUGACUGCUCCUGGGGCAGACACACCUGGACUGGCUGUGCUGAUUUAUUUGUGCCUCUUUCCUACUGCUCUCCUGGCAGAGCGUGAACUGGCACCCUUCUGGGCUGUAAGCUGGGGCUGCUGAAGAUGGAACACUCCUUCUUCAGGUGCUGUGGCCUGGGGGAGGAAGGGCAAAGGUGGACAUAUGCUGGAUGUCAAUAACUCAAAUUGCUUGUGGAGUUUGGAAUUUCAUUUUUUAAUUCUACCUGGUUUUGGACAUGUUCACCUGAGGUCACCUCCCAACUGCUCACUCUUCUGUCAGCUAAAGCAUUGCUUUAGCUCAACUCAGACCUCCCCACACAUCAUCUUUUGGAAGCUGUUGGUUUCCAGUGUGUUUUAGCAGUUGCUGAACAGGAGGUACAUUACAAAAGGCUGAUGUCAAGUGUGGGCAAACUGAAUUUCUUCUUGGAAUAAACACAGUCUUGUUCAAACUCAUUAUUAGUAUACUCUACACUUCCCUUGCACUGAAGGGAAGGAAGAACAAUGUUAUCUCUAUUUUUUCCCCGAGGUCCAUCCAGUGCCAUGUUUUGUAACAGGUGUCUGUUAGGAUUUCUUCAAGAAAACUGACUAUAUGUAACAGUCAGACCAAGCAGCUGCUCAUUCUUGUUUUUCUGUUUAUUUUAAACAGCCCCCUAGACUGUCAAGACAGAGAAUUUGCAUUGGUAAUACCCUUAAAGAAAGCUGUUACUGUAUCAGAGCAUCCCCUGUAAUUUCCUGUGCUGUGAACCAAUGGGAGUUUAUUUAAGAGGAGCUGAAUCUACUGUUGUACAGAAAUUGGAUUCAAAAGGUUUAUUUUUCCCACUCACUUGUAAGUUGCACUUUGCCAGAUGUAAUUUAUGUGGAAUCCAAAUUAGUUUUCCUUUUUCUUCAAAAAAAAGCAUGUGCCAGAAUCUGUUUAAUGCCUGGAAUAAAAUCCAUUUUG